GAAAGAUUGAGAGUGAGAGGGAGAGAGAGUAAAAAUAGUAAAAGCUGGGAAGCAGACAUGGCAGUGUAAGCUGAGAAAUUGUGCGGGAGAAGUAAUGCUAGAGAGACAGCAGACUGCACGUUUGUGUCUGCUCAGGUGUGUCCAGUCUGUAGUCGGUCUUGGGUGGGGUGGGUGGGGGGUCAAGCAGGUCACGGAAAUUGUAUACAAAGCAAAUACUUGUGCACAACUGAAAGUGGACCUUGUGAGCGGUUCAGGGUGAUUAUUUGGCUCCUUUAAUCAAUGAGGCCUUUGUAGGCUGGGCAGACACUCAUCUCCUCUCUCGAUCACACACAGCCUGCAGCUUUUUAGAUUUUUUUCCCCCUCCUGUAGCCAUGGAGAAACAAAUAGAGGACCUGAAGCAGCAGCUAGAAAAGCAAUGUCUCAUCAACAAGGAGCUCCAGAGGCAAAAUAAAGACCUGGAACAACGACUGCAGGAGAAAGAAAAACUUUUGCAGGAGCUGCAAAGUCAAUAUCAUGACCUGGAGUUUCCCUCUCACAGUGGUAAUGAGAUUGAACCGGAGGUCAGGAAGAGCCGUGCGGCCGUCAUUGCCCCCGAACCAAUCCGCGAGACCCUGGAGAUUACACGCAACAGGGUCAAGAAAACUGUCAGUGAGACGAGUCUGAUCGUCAAAGCCAUCCAGAAGAAUGACUUCCUGAGCCGUCUCGACGAUGAGCAAACGGCCAUGAUGGUGGACCUCUUAGCAGUAUCUAACUUCAAACCGGGGGAUGAAGUCAUUACAGAGGGCUCUGAAGGAGACAGCAUGUAUAUAGUGGCAGCUGGUGAGCUCAUUGUCACCCAGGCAGGCCAGGACCUCCGAACUCUAACCAGUGGCGAUGUGUUUGGGGAGUUGGCCAUUCUGUACAACUGCAAACGUACAGCAACGGUCAAAGCAAAGACAGUGGUGCGUCUGUGGUGCAUGGAGCGUCAGACCUACAGGACGAUCAUAACCAACAAGUCCAAGAAGAAACGAGAGCAGCUCAUGGGCUUCCUGAAGACGUCUCGUACUCUGAAGGACCUGAAUGACAUCCAGUUGUCUAAGAUCAUUGACUCCAUGGAGGAGGUGAAAUACCAGGACAAAGAUGUUAUAGUUCGAGAAGGAACUGAGGCGAACACAUUCUACAUCAUCCUCAAAGGAGAGGUCCUGGUGUCUAAGAACGUGAAUGGGCAUCAGAAGCAGAUUCGCAGGAUGGGAAAAGGGGAGCAUUUCGGGGAACAGGCCCUCAUACGUGAAGUUUUGAGAACUGCCACCUGCACUGCCGAUGGCCCUGUUACAUGCUUCUCCAUUGACAAGGAGGUAUUUGAAGAGACAAUUCCCAUAGAACACCUGGAGCUGUUUGAUGACUCCAAAGUGCUGCAGGAGGCACAAGUUCCAGAGAAGUCGAGUCCCACCUCCACUCUGAGGUUUAAGGAUCUGGUUCCUGUACUGUACCAGGAGGGCCGCUUCCAAGGAGAUCCUGUCACGCUUGGAGUUGGAGGGUUUGGGCGUGUUGAGCUAAUGACCACAGUGAACCAUGGGAAAUAUUACGCCAUGAAGCGAGUCAGCAAGAAGCACAUUGUUGCCAAGAGACAGGAGGAGCACAUGCUGUUUGAGAAGAAGAUCUUGAAAGCCAUCCAGUGUGACUUCAUCGUCAGGCUUCAUGCAGCUUUCAAAGACACACGAUACAUCUACAUGGUCAUGGAGUUCUGUGGUGGUGGGGAGAUCUGGACCAAACUCAAAGAAGUGGGGCGUUUUGAUGAGCCCAUCGCUGUGUUCUGCACUGCCUGUGUGGUGGAGGCCUAUGCCUACCUCCAUAAGAAGAGCAUCAUGUACAGAGACCUGAAGCCUGAGAACCUGAUGCUGGAUGUUAGGGGCUACGUCAAGCUAGUGGACUUUGGUUUUGCCAAGGAGUUGGUGCGUGGUGAGAAAACCUACUCAUUUGUUGGUACUCCUGAGUACAUGGCUCCAGAGAUCAUAAAGAACCAGGGACAUGACUUUGCAGUCGACUUUUGGUCCCUUGGCAUCCUGAUCUUUGAACUACUGGUGGGAAGCCCUCCCUUUUCAAGUUCAGAACCCCAGAAGAUUUAUGCCAAAAUACUGGAUGGGGUGCUCAAGUACCCACCUUACUUGAGUGAAGCAGCCAAGUCUAUUAUCAGUAAGCUGUGCAGACCUCGGCCAGGUCAGAGGUUAGGAAACACUAAGAAUGGAAUCAAAGAUGUCCGGCAUCACAGGUGGUUCAGCAGUAUGAACUGGCACAAGCUGCGGGUGGGCCAGCUUGACGCCCCCACAGUCCGGCUGAUACGCAAGGGCCCCUGCUACAUCAACUUUGAUCGUUUCCCUCUAGACCAGACGAAGGCAGAGGAGGAGUUCUCUGGUUGGGACCGUGACUUCUGAUUCUGACUAUUGAGUUUAAAAGGACCAAAAGCCACAGGGGUCGCUAACAUCACUCGAUUGUGGAGCCAAAUCAGAAUAAAUCCAGCUGACCUUGGCAUACGAGACUUUUCUUAAGUUCAGCUGGUGCCGUAAGAGUGAUGGUAGUUGGAGCUAUAUUGAAAAAGCGUAAUCCAUGUCAUACUAAUUUGAUUAUUAAAUUAGAGUGGCACUGAAGGGAAUCACCAAUUCCAAAAUAUUUAUUGAAGCUUUCACCGUUUCUGUACAGAGUCAAGCAUCUCGCAGGGGCCCCAAGAAUAUGUGUAAGUGUGUGGACAUUAGGACAUUGUGUUUCCAAUUUCAAUGCAGGGAGAUUUGGUACCUGAUGAGGAAGUGUUAAUAACAUCGUCCAUAUAACACUCUUCACUGAUUAGAAUAAAACACCCGUCCAAGUGCUUAGCUCAGAAUAAAGGCAUGAGUCACAGUGCAGUAUGUAUAGAAAGGCAUAGCUCCAAACCUGAAAACUUGAUGCUACUGUAUCUGCCAUAGCUGUAUUGUACUUUAAAAUGUAUUGUUCUUUUAGAUCUAUGUUAGUUUUAGUGAGUAAACAUGCUUACCUGCUCACAGCAAAGCUGCUAAAUGCUUUAAAUGUUUAUUAUAAACUGUCACUUUCUUUUUAAAUUUUCCUUGGUUCUUGGAGAAUCUGCCCCCCUUUUUUGUGUGCAGGAUUAUUUACACACAGAUUGAUUGUAAUUUAAAGAUUAUGGAACAUCCUGAUGAAAAAUUUCUACAUGACUCAAGUUUAGUAAAUAAAAGUGCUCUUAUAGGCUCGAGUUAGCUGCGUUUCCUACACUUAUAUCCACCAAUGUAUUACAGUCAAAUGGUGCAGAGUUUGUGCUGUUGUGGCCGUAUCACACACAAAAAGCCUGCAGUAUAAGCAUUUGGAGAUUAGAAAGGAGAUAGUGAAUAACACAUAAGGGGAAAUAUUGUGCUUAUAAAGAUGUUAUCAGAGAGAAAAAUGGCCUGGGACAGAGUGAGGGUUUCACAGGUUUAAUCUGAUGCACUGGUUGCAGCUUGACUGUGAGGCUCUAGAGGAGCACAGCUGUCUGUCACAACAGCAGGUUUUAAGGCAGGAGGAAGGAGUCACUAUGUUCCUUCCUGUCAAUGCCUGUGAUUUGACUGCUGAGACCAGUUUUCCACAUCAGAAAAAAAAAACCCUCACAUGAAAGCAAUCAUAUCUUCCAUAGGGGGAAAAGAUACACUGCCAGAUGUUUCCCUCCUGCAGAAAAAUACACAACACCUUGAAGUCUAGAAUUAAAUACACUGAGGGCAAUGAAAGCAGUGGCCCAGAGGAUGUACCGUAUAGUACAAAAUGAUCUCUCCACAGCAGUGAACUGUGGUUUCCUGCUCUGCUGCAUGUAGGAUCAAGAUUUGUUCUUGGAUAACCUUGUUUCACCUGCACUGCUAUUUUUAUUGUUGUCAACAAAUCCCAUCAAAACCAAUAAAUAAAUAAAUAAAAUCAUGUGUUAA